AUGGAUCCAAAUCUGUUGCUCUGUUUGCCACAAGGAGAUGCAUUGUUUAACCCUCUUAAUACUAUGUUUAUCCAAAUGGCUUGCAUUCUUGUCUUCUCUCAGCUCUUCUUUCUCCUUCUCAAACCAUGUGGUCAAGCUGGUCCCGUUGCUCAGAUUCUUGCUGGUAUUGUGUUGAGCCCUGCUCUGCUCUCAAGAAUCGACCAAGUUAAAAACUUCUUCCUCCAGAACGAUGCAGCAGAUUACUAUUCUUUCUUCUCAUUCGCUUUACGAACAUCUUUCAUGUUCUUGAUCGGUCUUGAAUUCGAUCUACAAUUCAUGAGAAGAAACCUCAAGAAAGUCACCGUGAUUACCAUCAGCUCCUUUGUGUCUUGCGCUCUCCUCAGCCUCGCUUUCUUCUAUCUCCUCACCCCUUUAUUACGCAUCAAAGAGGACUUGUUCACGUUUUACUUGGUUCUGUUCAUUACCUUGUCCAACACGGCAUCUCCUGUUGUCCUCCGUUCAAUAUCUGAUUGGAAGCUCAGCACAUCUGAGAUUGGACGGUUGACCAUCUCCUGUGCAUUGCUCAAUGAAUUAACAAACGUGGUGGUCUACACUAUAAUCAUAGCAGUCAUAUCAUCUUCUGCUUCAUCUUCUGCUUCAUCUUCUGAUUCAUCUUCUCGUUCAUUGAUAGGUGAUCUCUUCCUAUUCAUUUUCAUGACAGGAGCCCUAAUCUUGCUCAAUAGGUUUCUAGCUCCAUGGCUCCCAAAGAGAAACCCUAAAGAGAAGUACCUAUCAAAAGCUGAGACAUUAGUCUUCUUCGUCUUCCUUCUCAUCAUUGCCAUAACAAUCGAAUCCUAUGAUGUUAACUCCUCGGUUUCGGUUUUCAUCAUCGGCAUAAUGUUUCCAAGACAAGGAAAAACUCAUAGAACGUUGAUUAACCGGCUUAGUUACCCGAUCCAUGAGUUUGUUCUUCCGGUUUACUUUGGUUACAUUGGGUUCAGAUUCAGCAUCAUUGCGUUGACCAAACGUUAUUACAUUGGUCUUGUUAUUAUAGUCAUUCUAACCUUGGUUGGGAAGUUUAUUGGUGUGAUUAGCGCUUGUAUGUACCUGAAGAUCCCCAAGAAAUAUUGGCUUUUCUUACCAACCAUACUCUCUGUUAAAGGCCAUGUGGGUCUCCUUCUUCUUGAUGCAAACUACGCCGAAAAGAAAUGGUGGACCACAACGAUACAUGAUAUGAUGAUAGCAUCUUUGGUGAUCACGACACUACUAAGCGGUGUCCUCGCAUCUUUCUUGCUUAAAGCAAGAGAGAAAGACUUUGCUCACCAGAAAACUUCCCUUGAAUCUCACGACACGAGCGAGGAGCUACGCACCUUAUCUUGCGUCUACGGAGCCCGCUGCACUCGUGGCGAAAUCGCUAUUAUCUCGUCCUUGAGCGGCUCUCAUGGAGCCUCUAAGCCAUUCACGCCUCUUCUCAUGCACCUCGUACCACUCCCCAAGAAACGAAAGUCAGAGCUGUUGUAUCACGAGCACGAUGAAGACGUCCAUGUAGAUGAUGACUUUGGGACCAACGAAAGUUUAAUGGUCAACGAUUCUAUCGACUCGUUUGCUAAAGACAGUAAGAUCUUGAUCCAACAGGUGAAACUCGUGACGCAGAUGGUUAACAUGCAUGAAGAGAUAUGUAACGCAACGGAAGAUCUUCGCGUUAAUAUUGUGUUUCUUCCGUUUCAUAAACAUCAGAGGAUCGAUGGGAAGACUACAAACGAUGGUGAACAUUUCAGGCAGUUGAACCGUAAAGUUCUAAGACAUGCUCCAUGUUCGGUUGGUAUAUAUGUGGACCGGAACAUAACCGGGUUUCAACAACCGCAUGGGUUUGGUUCGGUGCAAAACGUUGCUGUAUUGUUCUUUGGUGGUCCUGAUGAUCGUGAGGCGUUAGCUCUGUGUAAAUGGUUUGCGAGCAAUACGUUGAUACAUCUUACAAUCAUACAGUUCGUUCUCGAGGAUUCACAUCCAGAGUCUCCAGUUAGAAAUGCGACAACACCUGAUAGUAGUGAAAUUCUUAUCGAGGUUCAAGGAAGAAAUCAAACUGAACAUGAAGCAGACCGAAGUUUAUUAGAAGAGUUCCACAACAGGUUUGUGUCAACGGGACAAGUAGGGUUCAUUGAGAAGCGUGUGAGCAACGGAACACAUACAUUGACAAUUCUAAGAGAGAUUGAAGAGAUGUAUUCACUGUUUGUUGUCGGGAAGAGCAGAGGAGACUGUCCUAUGACGGUGAGAAUGAAAGAUUGGGAAGAGUGUCCGGAGCUUGGUACUGUCGGAGAUUUCUUGGCUUCAUCUUUAGAUGUAAAUGCUUCUGUAUUAGUUGUUCAAAGACAAAGAAAUUCACAUGAUGACUUUAUAGAUGAUUAG